GCGGCCGAGGGUGGCGGCGGCCAUUUUGGUGAGGCCUCGGGAGCGGCGGCGCUCGGCGGAAAGCUGCAUCCUCCUCCGCCCCUCCACCCUCCGUCCGCCCCCCCCCCGGCCCCGAGCGAAGAGGAUGCGGUAGAGACGCGGCUGCGGACACGGCCGUCCCGGGACGGGCGGGAAUCUCUCACAGCGGCAGCCGGAGGAGGACCCUCCCCCCUCCUUUUUGCCCGGAGGGGGGGGUGGCGCGCGCGCCCCCGAGGACGCAGGUGCGCUUUCUUUCGAUACGGCGGCACCGUGGAAGUGCAGACUUUCACGGCGGGCGUGGUCUCAGCUCACGCAGGCACAGCAGAGGCCGGUGGACCCGAGCGGAGGCUGGGACGCCCUGGGGGGCCCCGGGCCCUGGACGGCGGGUCCCGGUGGCCAGCGGCCCAGAAUGAGGCCGGUUCCCAGCAUGCCCUGCAGCCGGACGCCAGCCCCUCGGCCAGCAGCAGCAGCAGCGGUGACGACGACACCGUCCUCCAGGCACCUAGCGUGGACCCCGGGGGCGGGACCAUGCAGAGCAGCCCCUCCCCCGUCCACCCGCCGCUCCCAGUUCUGCAGUCCCAGAUGGUGUCGGACAGCAUGACGGGCAGCAACCCCGUGUCUCCGGCCUCGUCUGGCUCCCCGGCUUCAAGCGGGGCGGGCGGACUCUCCCCGCAACACCUGGCCCAGGACUCUUCCCUGGAUGGGCCCCCUUGCUCUCUGGAUGGGCCCGGCUUGCCCUUGGGAGGGCUGGGCCUGCCCCAGCCUGCUGACCCGGCCAACCGAGGUCCCAAGUGGGAGAAGAGCCACGCCGAGAUCGCCGAGCAAGCCAAGCACGAAGCAGAGAUAGAAACCCGGAUUGCAGAGCUGCGGAAGGAGGGCUUCUGGUCCCUGAGGCGGCUUCCCAAGGUCCCCGAACCAGUGCGGCCCAAAGGGCACUGGGAUUACCUGUGCGAGGAGAUGCAGUGGCUAUCGGCCGACUUCGCCCAGGAGCGGCGUUGGAAGCGCGGGGUGGCCCGGAAGGUGGUGCGCAUGGUGAUCCGCCAUCACGAGGAACAGCGGCAAAAGGAGGAGCGGGCCAAGCGGGAGGAGCAGGCCAAGUUGCGGCGCAUUGCGGCCUCCAUCGCCAAGGAGGUCAAGCAGUUCUGGAGCAACGUGGAGAAGGUGGUGCAGUUCAAGCAGCAGUCCCGCCUGGAGGAGAAGCGGAAGAAGGCCCUGGACCUGCAGUUAGACUUCAUCGUGGGACAGACGGAGAAGUACUCGGACCUGCUGAGCCAAAGCCUCAACCAGCCCCCGGCCCCCGCCCCGAGCAAGGCCGGCUCUUCCCCCGGCCUCGGCUCCUCCCACGCCGGCUCCGCCGCUUCCAGCCCCCCGCCGCCCCCCGCUCUCCGGUUCGACGACGAAGACGGGGACUUCCAACCCCAGGAGGAGGAAGAGGAGGACGACGAGGAGACCAUCGAGGUGGAAGAGCAGCAGGAGGGCAACGACGCGGAGGCGAGGCGACGCGAGAUCGAGCUGCUGAGGCGGGAGGGGGAGCUGCCCUUGGAGGAGCUGCUCCGCUCUCUGCCCCCGCAACUGCUGGCCGCGCCCUCGAGUCCCUCCAGCGACGGCGAUUCCCAAGAGGCCCCGGAGGAGGAUGGCGAGGAAGAAGAGCCCCCCCGGGGUCCGAAGGGCCGGCCCCCGGCCCCCGGCCCCCAGUGUAACAAGCGGCCGUGGCCUCGCGACGAAGAGGACAAGGAGUUUUCGGCCAACGAGGACGAAGCGGAGGACGAAGAGGACACGAUCGCAGCGGAGGAGCAGUUGGCCGGGGAAGUGGAUCACGCCACGGAGCUGAGCGAGCUGGCCAGGGAAGGAGAGCUGUCCAUUGAGGAAUUGCUGCAGCGGUACGCGGGGGCCUACGCCGCCGACGCCUCGCCCCCGCCCUCCGAGAGCACCAGCGAGGCCGAAGAUGAGGAAGGGGCCAGUAGCUCGGACUGCGAGGAGGAGGAGGAGGAGGAGGAGGAAGAGCCCUCCCAGGAGGACAGCAGCAGUCAGUCUGAAUCGGCUGAGGACCCCAGUGAGGAGGAAGAGGAGGAGGAGGAGGACUCCGAAGAGGAAGAGGCCAGUGACGAUUCUGAGUCGGAGGGGCUGGAGUCGGAGGAGUCGGAAGAUGGGGCACAGUCCGGGGGCCGGUCGGAGGAGGAGGAAGAAGAGGAGGAGGAGGAGGACGACGACGAAGAGGAAGACUUUGGGGUGGAGUUCUUGCUGGCCCAGGACGAGGAGCGGAGUGAAACCGAGGGAGGCAGCGACCCUCCCACCCCGGGACCUCCGGCCUCGCUGGGUCCCAAGAAGGAGAUCACCGACAUCGCCGCUGCGGCCGAGAGCCUCCAGCCCAAGGGCUACACGCUGGCCACCACCCAGGUGAAGACGCCCAUCCCGCUGCUGCUGAGGGGCCAGCUGCGCGAGUAUCAGCACAUCGGGCUGGACUGGCUGGUGACCAUGUACGAGAAGAAGCUCAACGGCAUCCUCGCCGACGAGAUGGGGCUGGGCAAGACCAUCCAGACCAUCUCCCUGCUGGCCCACCUGGCUUGUGAAAAGGGUAACUGGGGUCCCCACUUGAUCAUCGUCCCCACCAGUGUGAUGUUGAACUGGGAGAUGGAACUGAAGCGCUGGUGCCCCAGCUUUAAGAUCCUUACUUACUACGGGGCCCAGAAGGAGAGAAAACUGAAGCGGCAGGGCUGGACGAAGCCCAACGCCUUCCACGUGUGCAUCACGUCCUACAAGCUGGUGCUCCAGGACCACCAGGCCUUCCGGCGCAAGAACUGGCGCUACCUCAUCCUGGACGAGGCUCAGAACAUCAAGAACUUCAAGUCCCAGCGCUGGCAGUCGCUGCUCAAUUUCAACAGCCAGCGACGCCUGCUCCUGACCGGGACGCCCCUCCAGAACAGCCUGAUGGAGCUGUGGUCUCUGAUGCACUUCCUGAUGCCCCAUGUCUUCCAGUCCCACCGCGAAUUCAAGGAAUGGUUCUCCAAUCCCCUGACGGGCAUGAUCGAGGGCAGCCAGGAGUACAACGAGGGGCUGGUCAAGCGGCUCCACAAGGUGCUGCGCCCCUUCCUGCUCCGCCGGGUGAAGGUGGACGUGGAAAAGCAGAUGCCCAAGAAGUACGAGCACGUGAUCCGCUGCCGGCUCUCCAAGCGCCAGCGCUGCCUCUACGAUGACUUCAUGGCCCAGGCCACGACCAAGGAGACGCUGGCCACGGGUCACUUCAUGAGCGUCAUCAACAUCCUGAUGCAGCUGCGUAAGGUCUGCAACCACCCCAACCUGUUCGACCCCCGGCCCGUCACCUCGCCCUUCAUCACUCCCGGCAUCUGCCUCAGCACCGCCUCGUUGGUUCUGCGGGCCACCGACGUCCACCCCCUCCAGCGGGUGGACAUGGGCCGCUUCGACCUGAUCGGGCUGGAGGGCCGAGUGUCCCGCUACGAGGCCGACACCUUCCUGCCCCGGCACCGCCUCUCCCGCCGGUUGCUGUUGGAGGUGGCCACCGCCCCCGACCCCCCGCCCCGGCCCAAGCCCGUCAAGAUGAAGGUCAACAGGAUGCUGCAGCCCGUGCCCAAGCCCGAGGGCCGGACGGUGGUGGUGGUGAACAACCCCCGGCCCGCCUCGGGACCCAUCACGGUCCGCCCCCCGCCAAGCCCCGAGCUGCCGGCCGGCCCCCCGGCCUCCUGCCCGCCGGCUUGCAGCCCGGCCCCCCCGGCGCUGCCGGCCCCUCUGCUGCUGACGGCCUCCCCGCCCGGGGCUUCGCAUAACCCGGCUUCCCGCCCGCCGGGCCCCGUGCUGUUGCCCCCGCUACAGUCCGCCGGCGGCCCCCUGCCCCAGGCGCUGCCUCCCCCUCAGGGGGUGCCAGGAGGAACCCCCCGGCCCCCCACGCCAACCCUUCCCCCGAAGCCAGCUCCCCCCGCCCCGGUGCGCCUGAGUUCGGCCGGCCCGCCCAGCCUCUUGAAGCCCCUGACGGUGCCGCCGGGCUACGCUUUCCCCGCCGCCGCUCCGAACCCCGGCGCCCAGCGCCUCAUCCUCUCCCCCGACAUGCAGGCCCGCCUUCCUUCGGGAGAGGUGGUGAGCAUCGGGCAGCUGGCCUCCUUGGCUCAGCGGCCGGUGGCCAGUACGGGGGGCAGCAAACCCCUCACCUUCCAGAUCCAGGGCAACAAACUGACUCUGACUGGUGCCCAGGUGCGCCAGCUGGCUGUGGGGCAGCCCCGCCCGCUGCAAAGGAACGUGGUGCACCUGGUGUCGGCCGGGGGACAACACCACAUCAUCAGCCAGCCCGCCCACGUGGCCCUCAUCCAGGCGGUGGCUCCGCCCUCCGGCCCGGCCCCCGUCUCCGUGCUGCCCGCCCCGCCCCCCAGCAGCAGCCCCGCGCCCGCCGGCCUCAACCUCCCUCUCGCCGCCAAUCAGGUGUCCCCGAGCAUGAUGAACAGCUCGGGAGUGGUGAAGAUCGUCGUGCGCCAGGCUCCCCGGGACGGAUUGGGCCCGGCCGCCCCCCUGGUCCCGCCGCCCCGGGCCCCCGGCUCUGGGCUCCCGGCUCUGCUGACCCCUCCCCGGCCCCCGCAGCCCUCCGGGCGGCUGCCCAGCCCCGCCCUGGGUCCCAGCCGGAGCCCCCUGCCCGCGCUGGUCAGGCCUAUGCUCAGGCUGCUGCAGAGCCCUCCUCUGGAGACGGCCGCCUCCGCCCACGGAGUCUCUCCCGUGGCCACCGCCUCCGUCCCGGUCUCCUCUCCCCCGCCGGCCCCGGGCUCGUCUCCGCUCCCAGCGUCCUUGGCCGCUGCCGCCCCGCUACCCGCUGGGGCUCCGGCUCCUCCCCCCGCCACCCCGACGCCCGCCUCCACCCCGACGCCGGCUCCCUCCUCGGCUCUGACGCUGGCCCUGGCGGCGCCUCCGUCGCCCGUCCCGGCCCCGGCCCCGGUCCACACUCUGGCCCCGGCCCCGGCUCCGUCCUCGGCUCCCGUUCAGAUCCCGGCUCCGGCUCCGGCCCCCCCGGCGGCAGCUCCCGGCCCGACGGCGGCUCAGUCGCCCGCCGCCCUCCUGGUUCCGGCACCCCCUUCCACCUUGGCUCUGGCCUGCCCCGUCCCCGCGCUGCCGCCCUCCGCGGCUCCCGCCCGGCCCCCGGCCUCGGCUCCGGCGGCUGCCGCGCCCCAGGCCCCGGCUCCCACGCCGUUCCCGGGGUCGCCCCCUGCUCCGACUCCUGUCUCGGCGGCGGCUCCCGUUCCGGCCCCGGCUCCGGCUCCGUCUCCCACUCCGGCCGUGGCUCCCCCGCCGGCUCCGGCUCCGGCCUCGGCUCCGGGCGCCGCUUCGGCAGCGGCCUCCCCGCUGACUUCGGCCCCCAACCCCGCCUCGGCGGCGACGUCGACUCAGACCCCGGGCCCCGCCUCCGUUCCAGAAUCGCAUCCGGCUCCGGUUCCCGCUCCGGCUCCAACCCAGACGGUGUCCCUGGCCCCGGCUCCAGUACCCCCAGACGGUCCGGAUCUGACGCAGACGGCGGGAGCUUCGGCGGCCCCUCUGGGUCCGACUCCCCCUCAGACCCCUUCCCUGACGUCGGCCCCGGCUCAGCCCGGGUCCCCGGGCCCGGCUCCCCCGACUCAGCCUCUGACCCUGGGUCCCGCUCCCCCAGCCCAACCUGGGGCCCCGGGGCCGGCUCCACCGACUCAGCCCGUGUCCUUGGAUCCGGCCCCCCCGGCUCAGCCUGUAUGCCUGGGUCCGGCCCCCCAGGCUCAGCCCGCGUCUCUGGGUCCGGCUCGGCCCGCGUCCCUGAGUCCGGCUCCCCCGGCUCGGCCCGCGUCCCUGGGUCCGGCUCGGCCCGCGUCCCUGGGAACGGCUCCCCCGGCUCAGACCGCGCCCCUGGGCCUGGUCCCCCUGGCCCAGCCUACGUCCCUGGGCCCGGUUCCCCCGGUCCAGUCCGCGUCCCUGGGUCCGGCCCAGCCUACGUCCCUGGGCCCGGUCCCCCCGGUCCAGUCUACGUCCCUGGGUCCGGCCCAGUCCGCGUCCCUAGGAACGGCUCCCCCGGCCCAGCCCGCGUCACUGGGAGCGGCUCCCCCGGCCCAGCCCGCGUCCUUGGGAACGGUUCCCCCCGCUCAGAUCACGGACCUGGGCCCGGUUCCCCCGGCUCAGCCCGCGUCCCUGGGUCCGGCUCAGCCCGCGUCCCUGGGCCCGGCUUCCCCGGCCCAGCCUCUGUCACUGGGUCUGGCUCCCCCAGUUCAACUCGUAUCCCUAGACCCCGCUCCCCCGACUCAGCCCGCGACCCUGGGCCCGGCUCCCCCGCCUCAGCCCGCGUCCCUGGGCCCGGCUCCCCCGCCUCAGCUGGGCCCGGCUCCCCCGGCUCAGCCUCUGUCCUUGGGCCCGGCUCCCCCGGCCCAGCCUCCGUCACUGGGGCCGGCACCUUCGGGUCCGCCUCCGUCUCUAGGCCCCGCUCCCCCGGCUCAGCCUCCGUCUCUGGCUUCCGCCCCUCCGCUUGGCCCAGCUCCAGCUCAGACACUCUCUCUGGCUCCGGCCUCCCCCCUGGGCCCGGCUCCAGCCCAUUCGCUGACUGCGACCCCGGCUCCGGCCCCGACGCUGACCCUGAGCCCGGCCUCCGGCCCCAAUCUGGGCUCGGCUUCGGUCCAGACCCUGACCCUGGCUCCGGCUUCGACGCUGGCCUCGCCGUCCCUGCCGCCUUCGCUCGCCGGCCCGACGUUAACCCCGGCCGCGGCCUCCGUUCCCUCGCCGAUCACUCUGCUCUCCCGGCCCGCCGCCCUGAAGGAGGAGCCCGAGAUCCUGACGCUCCGCUCCGGGCCCCCCAGCCCUCCCCUCCCGGCUACCUCAUUCUGUGGUGUUCGGCCCCGGCGCCAGCCGCCUCCUCCACCCCGCUCCCCCUUCUACCUGGACUCUCUGGAGGACAAACGGAAGCGCCAGCGGGCGGAACGCCUGGAGCGGCUCUUCCGGCUGAGCGAGGCCCACGGGGCCCUGGCGCCGGUGUACGGGACCGAGGUGCUGCAGUUCUGCUCCCUGGCCGGCCCCGCCGGCUCCCCCGGCCCCGGCCCCGCCCACCCCGCCUUUUGGACCCACACCGAGGCCGCCCGCCAGGCCGUGCUGCUGCCCCAGCAGCGGCUGGACCAGCUGGCGGGCGUCAUCGAGAGGUUCAUCUUCGUCAUGCCUCCCGUGGAGGCCCCAGCCCCCUCCCUGCAUGCCUGCCAUCCUCCGCCCUGGCUGGCCCCUCGCCAGCUGGCCUUCCGGGAGGACCUGACCCGGGAGCUCUGGCCCCGGGCCCAGCCCCUGCACCGCAUCGUCUGCAACAUGCGCACCCAGUUCCCCGACCUGCGCCUCAUCCAGUACGACUGUGGGAAGCUUCAGACGCUGGCAGUGCUGCUGCGGCGGCUCAAGGCCGGAGCGCAUCGUGUGCUCAUCUUCACCCAGAUGACUCGCAUGCUGGACGUGCUGGAGCAGUUCCUCACCUACCACGGACACCUGUACCUGCGGCUGGACGGCUCCACCCGGGUGGAGCAGAGACAGGCCCUGAUGGAGCGCUUCAACGCGGACAAGCGCAUCUUCUGCUUCAUCCUGUCCACCCGGAGCGGGGGCGUGGGCGUCAACCUGACCGGCGCCGACACGGUCGUCUUCUACGACAGCGACUGGAACCCCACCAUGGACGCUCAGGCCCAGGACCGCUGUCACCGCAUUGGCCAGACACGCGACGUCCACAUCUACAGGCUCAUCAGUGAACGGACGGUGGAGGAGAACAUCCUCAAGAAGGCCAACCAGAAGCGCAUGCUGGGCGACAUGGCCAUCGAGGGGGGCAAUUUCACCACGGCCUAUUUCAAACAGCAAACGAUCCGUGAGUUGUUCGACAUGCCCCUGGAGGAGCCAGCCGCUCCCGCCCCCGCCGUGGCACCUGCCCCCGAAGAGGAAGAGGAGGCUGUGGCUAACAAGCAAACUCACAUCUUGGAGCAGGCCCUGUGCCGGGCGGAGGACGAGGAGGACAUCCGGGCGGCCACCCAGGCCAAGGCGGAACAGGUGGCGGAGCUGGCCGAGUUCAACGAGAACGAGGGGUUCCCCGCCGCGGACGGGGAGGAGGGAGGCCGGCCCGAGGACGAGGAGGUUUCGCGAGCCGAACAGGAGAUCGCCGCCCUCGUGGAGCAGCUGACCCCCAUCGAGCGCUACGCCAUGAACUUCCUGGAGGCCUCCCUGGAGGACGUGAGCCGGGAGGAGCUGAAGCAGGCGGAGGAGCAGGUGGAGGCCGCCCGCAAGGAUCUGGACCAGGCCAAGGAGGAGGUGUUCCGCCUGCCCGACGAGGAGGAGGAACGGGGGGCCCGAGCCGGCGACGAGCUCUCGGGCGGCCCGGGCGGAGGCGGCCACCGCCGCAGCAAAAAAUUCAAAGCCCCCGAGCGGCCGGGGACCCGCGUCAGCGAGCGGCUGCGCGGGGCUCGGCCGGAGCCCCCGUCGGCGGGGGCCGCCCCCGCCGCGCCCUGCCCCCCGAACCGCGGCGCCGGUCCGGAGAGCCGCGGGCGGAGCCCGCCCGUCGCCGAGCCGACGGAGGCCGAGGAGCGCGAGGAGCGCGAGGCGGCGGCCGGACCCCGGACCCCUCCGCCGGCCCCGCCCCCGAGCCGCCCGCGGGGGCGCCCCCGGCCCCCGAGGAGGUCGUCCUGCCCGGGACCCCGGCCCCCAGCCCCCCCGCCGGAGACCGACGCCGUGGCCAACGGGCACGGGCCGCCGUCCCCGGAGCCGGCCGGGGAGGCCGGCCCGGAGUCGCCCGGGGGUGGAGGGGUGGCCCCGGCCCCGCCCCCGCCCCCGGCCGAGAGCAACGGGCUGGAACCCCCGCCCGCCCCCGCCCCGCGGCCCCCGGAGCCGGGCCCCGACGGUAGCGCCGAGCCGCCGGCGGAGCCCCCCGGCCCGGGCCCCGAUCGGGCUCCGGCGCCCGCCCCCCCGGAGGCUCCCGCGCCGUCGGCCUCUCCCUCGAUCUCCUCCUACUCGUCCCCCGAGAGCCCCUCCCCGGCCCGGCCCCCGCGGCGCCGCACCAGCGCCGACGUGGAGAUCCGGGGCCAGGGGGCCGGCCGCGCGGGCCAGCCCCCGGGGCCCAAGGUGUUGCGCAAGCUGCCGGGCCGGCUGGUCACGGUGGUGGAGGAGAAGGAGCUGGUGCGGCGGAGGCGGCGGCGGGGCGGGGCCGCGACGGCGGCCGGGGCCAGCCCCGGGAGCUCCUCGGCCAGGAGCCCCUCGGAACCGGAGUCCUCCCCUCCCCCGGCCGGGCCCCCCCCGGCGCCACCUCCCGCUCUCCCCGCCGAGCCCCCCGCCGAGCCGGGCCUCCCCGGCGAGCGGCCCGCGGAAGUGACGGUCGUGAAGCGCAAGCGGGGCCGGCCCCCCAAGAACAGGCCCCCCCAGGACCCCGUGCCGGUCAAGCGGCCGCCCCCCAAGGGGAAGGCGGAGGGGACGGAGCCGGCCGCGCCGGCGGAGCGGGCCGCGCCGGCGGAGAGGGCGGCCCCGGCGGCGGCGCCGGGGGCGUCGCCGGUGGAGAAGCGCAAGCGGGGACGGCCACCCAAGGCCCGAGAGCCGCCCGCCCCCAGGACCCAGCCGGCCCAGGGGGGCGGGGCCGGCGAGGACCGGACACCGGCUCCCCAGCUCCCCGCCGUCGACCCCGCCGCCCUCUCGCCCUCCCCCCCGAAGCGCAAGCGGGGCCGUCCCCCCAAGAACCCCCUGUCCCCCCAGCCCGCCCGGCCCGCGGCUCCGGACCGGGACGGCCCUCCGGGGCGGGAGGCCGGCGGGGGAGGAGGGAGGCGCCGGCAGCCGCCGCCGCGGCCUCCCCCGCCGCCUCCCCGGGGGGAGAGCGAGGGCAACUCGUCGGACGAGGACGGGGGCCGCCCCCUCACCCGCCUGGCCCGGCUCCGCCUGGGGGCCGAGGGGCCCCGGGGGCGGAAGGGCGAGGGGCCCGCGGGGGCCCGGGACGACGGCGAGCCGGCCGGAAGCGGCGGGGGCCCGGAGCCCACGGCCACCCCGCCGCCCGUCUCCCGCUCCACCCGGCUGCGGCCGGGCUCCCUGCUCCCCCCCCUGGAGAGCGAGAAGGCUUCCCGCAAACGGGCCGGGGCCCUGACGGCCGGGGGGCCCUGCCCGGCCAAGCGGGGACGCCCUCGGCCCUCCGGCCCCCCCGGGGCCGAGGCGUCGACGGAGGAGUCGGAGGCGGAGGCGUCGGGCGAGGAGGAGGAGGAGGAGGAGGAGGCCGGGGCCGCGGCCGGGGAGGGGGCUCCUCGGCGCCGGGGGCCCCCGUCCCGCCGGGGCGGCGGGGCCGCCGCCAGGGACCAGCGCGUUCUGCGGAGCAGUGCCCCUCCUCCCCCGUCGUGCCCUGCCGUCAGCCACAGAGGCCGGAAGGCUAAAACGUGACCGGUCCCUCUCUCCGCCC